AUGGUUUCAGUCAAUGCUUUAUUAUUGAAAAGCUUCGAUCAAGUGCCUCCUUCAGCCAUUCUGAUGGAUCUCGAUUGUAUUUUGGUUUCCACCGAUUUGUCUCCGCCCUCGCUCUUCGCUUCACUUCUCCAUGAUUUUCCUCGCUUUCUCAAGGACAUUAAAAAGGAGAAUGGUACUUUGGAUUCUGAAAAGCAGCACCGUCUGGUGUCAUUGGUGGCUGCAAUUUGUCACCUCCUGAAGAAAACAGGAUUAGAUUUUACUUUCGAUAUGCCUUUGCUAUAUAUCAAUGGUGAAAAAUUUAACCAACCAAUAUUUCAUUGCAAUAAUAUUUCUGGACUUGUUAAACCCGUAGUCACAACUGAUCAACAUAGAGAUCUUUACUCCACACACUCCUUUAAGAUCAUAUUCAAAGAGGGAGGCUGUGGAACAUUCAUUCCUCUUUUCUUCAAUUUGAUUGCUGCAGUGAGACAGUAUAAUCAACGUGUUAGUGCGCCUACAGAAUCUCGUGUCGAUCCUCUGCGAGUAUCUCAGGCUCCUAUCGAUGAGAUGAUGAGACAUGCGUAUGUUGAUCCUAACGAUCCAACAAGAAUAUUUCUGCAGCAACCAAAUACCGAUUCUCAACUUAGGCGUCAAACAUAUCACCCACAAACUGACAGAGGUCAUGUUUGAGCAGGAAAUUGCGCUAUCCUCACAUUAAUGCAGUAUAUGUUUAUAUGGAGUAUGGA